UGUAUUUCUACUGGCAAGCUGGCAAGGCAAGCAGUUACGGAAAGCACCCCAAUUGUGGCAGAGGACUGGCUCUUCUUGUUUGACUUUCUGUUGCCAACCAGGCAGAAAUGUGAAAUGUCAUCUCAUAACGCUACAAGAGGAUGGACAUGAGAGCUGCUGCACAGUGGAGUCAAGGUGGAGGAUGUACGAGUCAGCUUGAUUGACAUGACACACCAAGUGUUGUGGCAAUGGUGUCAUGUCUCCAGUGAUAUGGAUGGUUACCUGGUUACUACAGGCACAUUCAGCUGUGUGUGAUCUGCCUGCUCCAGUCAAUGUGACUCUCUCCUCCAGACAUUUUGUCCACGAGCUGAGGUGGGACCCAGGCUCGGGGUCCCCCAGGAGCGUGUACUACCGCGUGAUGAUUUUCUCUAGCAGGGGUGGCCAGUUUUGGGAGGUGGUGGCUGGUUGUGAGCACGUGGAGUCCCCUCUGGUGUGUAACCUGACUAAAGCAUUCUCAAGCCGCAGUCAAACCUACUACAACAAGGUGUUUGCUGUGUCUGGGGACGAAGUCUCACCCCCGGGCAACCAAAGCGGCUUUAAACCCAUCGAUGGCACCCUCCUGGACCCGCCCGUGGUGAGUGUUAAGGCCUGCGGCAGCACUCUGUGUGUGAACCUGAGGCCUCCUGUGGACGGCUUGUGGGAUGUCUACAACAGUUUCCGCUACAGUAUAAGCAUCAGAAGAAGCAGGCAUGGAGCUAAGUACUCUGAGGAGAUGACGUCUCUGAAAGAAAAGAUUCUAAAUAACCUGGCUCCAGGCAGAGAGUACUGUGUCUCCGUCAGAAUAAGGGACAGCGAGGAGAGAAGCGACAAGAACUCUUCCUACAGCCAACCACACUGUGCCUUCACAGCUGCCAAGUAUAACGCAGAUGCAGAGAUCUCAGUGGUUUUGUGUUUGCUUGUGUUGUCUGGGCUGUUAACUACUACCCUACUAUUCCGCACUGGAUUCAUCUGUCUGAGACGACACCUUCCAGAAGUACUGAGCUCAAUACAACACCACGAGCAGAGCCUAUACACAGUGCCCUGUGAUGAGAAACCAUGUCCCUCGGUGCUUCCAGUGCCACCAUCGCCCCCUUCAGGAAGCACUGGGAAGGACACAGAGAGUGAGGAAGAAAGCGAGACAGAGACAGAGCGAAGCAGUGGGGGAGGACAAGGAUACAAGACACGAGGGAUCACUGCUGGUCAGACGUCUCAUAACCCCCUCUCUUCCUCCUCUUCCUCUAGAGCAGAGGUGUUCCUACACCCCUAUCUAAGCACACGCUCUCUGGCAUCUCCCACUGACACUCAGACCACCGCUGAGACGCAGUCCAACCGCCCUCACGUUCCUCUCUUCAUAACCAGCGACCAGCAGCCUGAAUCUCUGCUCAGACCUGACGGCCUCUCAAUGUCUCUAUCAAACAACCAUCCACCGUCUGGACCCUCACAAACCAGCCAGCUUACAGAGCCAGCUCAAUGUGCCUCAUGGGGACAGGACUUGAGCUUCAGUCUUUCCUCAGAGAGGGACACAGGGGGAUUUCAUCCGGAGGAGGAGGAGGAGAGCUGCUUGGAUGUCAACCUGCUGUCUGUAACCCUAGGUAGACAUGAGGAGAUGAAGGAUCCAGAACCCCGCUCUCUGGGGGUGCCCCCUGAGCCCACCACUCCCUUCCUGCCCUCUGACACCAAGUGUUGGGCCACAGAGCCUGCCACAACACAGACGCACACUGCUACCUCUGAGGAAGAGGAGGAGGAAGAUGAGGAGUAUUUUGGUUACAUGAGGCGAUGAGAGAAGUAAUUUGUUGCACAAUUAACCAUUCCAUUUUUCUUUUUUUUUGCCAGGAGGUUUUUGAUUUGUUAAGGAAAGCCACAUGGUGCCUACCUGUGGACAUUCAGUGUACUCUUCUGGCAUAAAUAUCAAGGUCCCAAGGUAGCCUGACGUGGCUUCCUUGUCCUUCCUUUAUUUUUGUUAUAACCUUUAUUUAACUAGGCAAGUCAGUUAAGAACAAAUUCUAAUUUACAAUGACGGUCUACUGGGGAACAGUGGGUUAACUGCCUUGUUCAGGGGAACAGUGGGUUAACUGCCUUGUUCAGGGGAACAGUGAGUUAACUGCCUUGUUCAGGGGAACAGUGGGUUAACUGCCUCGUUCAGGGGAACAGUGGGUUAACUGC